AUCAAUGCUCACCGGUGAUUUGAAUCUGGCGGCACUCAGAACUCUAAUCUCCCAAUUCGCCGGUCUUCGCUUGUGGGGUCAUGUAUGAUGCAUUCAAAGGCCACCAGAUGGUUAUCGUCCGGUCUAAUAACCUCCCCUUAUCGCUGACUCCGGACGAUUGUAGCUAGCCUCGCCCAUCCACCGAGACCGAUAUUGGCCAAGAUUUCGAGUCCUUCCUUACGCUUCGAGGCACUGGGACGCUCCAUUGUCGUCUUCUACUGGACAUUUGUGACAUUGAACACCCUUGAGCAUCAGAAACCUCCUAUCUGAGUUCAAUACAAUGGUUGCCAGAAUGGCUAUCCAGCCAAAGACCGGUGUCACCAAGGCUCACGUCAAUCUCAUGACAGACACUAUCAUCGCCAGCUUGCCGCCUGAAGGUCUACGUUCUGUCAUGAGGUCAAUCCUCACGACGGACCCCGGCUUUACCAGUGCUCUCGAACUACACACUCGGAGAUAUUUGCAGAAGUCAGCGUCUGCGCCGGUCCGCGAGUUGUUCAUCGAGGAUGACGAAAGCAAUUGGCAGGUUACUGCCAGUUUUCACCUGACACAGCAACGCAUCAGAGCCAUGUUGGGCAGUGGCUUGUGCUUCCAAAGCUUACGCCUCCUUAGAGAAGUCAUGAAUCAAUCAGCGAAUAUACAACUCGACCAAAAUGCCUCACAUGCACAGCAACUACUGUCUCACCUUACUGCAGUCGACGGUGACAUUGUUCAAGCAAUAACCGCAGUCGAGAAAACACUACACGUGGGCCAUGGAACCCGAGAACUAGGCCACGAUGAAGAGGAACCGUUGAGGGGACUACUGCAGUCUAUGCUUGCCUGUCGCUCAAAAUGGUUCAAUCAACAACAGGACUUCCCUUUUGAACGUAGUCUGGCAUCAGUUGCAGGCAUUUUAGCGGAAGCCCUGGACACGUCGGAUGACCUACACUCCGACAACAGCCUCACGCCCAGCCUUCAUACAGACCUUCCUUCACAUGUCGAGACGUUCAAGCUGGCUGGGAGGAUCUUGCCGCGUCUUUUCUCGGGACUUUGGCAGCUGUCGAGUCCUUCAUGGGGCGUUGCUUCGAAGGCUCAAAUCUUCCAGCAGUUUUCCAAACACGUCGCCAAAGGAUUCAUCGCAUAUGAUAUGGCGGAUCAUUACGGUGACGCCGAGGUUCUUUUUGGAAAAUUCCGAGCCUCAUGCAGCCGACCCGAGUUCAUAUUCGGGGCCACCAAGCUCUGUAUCUUUCAGCCCACGACUAUUACGAAAGCUCUGUUGCAUGAUAACAUCACUGAAAGAUGCCAUCGAAUGAGCUCCACAACAAUCGAUCUCUUACAGCUCCACUGGCAAUUUUAUGACGAUCCACAGUAUAUCGAGGCACUACGACUUCUCCAAAAUGACGAGCGCGUGCGUCUGCUCGGCCUAUGUAACUUCGAUACUGCUCGGAUGCAAGAGAUACUGGAGGCUGGCAUUGAUAUCGUCACGAACCAAGUGCAGUUCUCCUUGAUUGACUCUCGUCCAACUAUGAAAAUGGGCAAGGUCUGUGAGGAGCACAGAGUGAAGCUUCUGACUUAUGGAACACUGUGCGGUGGGUUCAUUGCAGACAAGUGGCUCGGCAAAGCUGAACCCGAACUUUUCUCAACCUCAAUCACUCCGAGUCAACGCAAGUACUUCGAGAUGAUACUGGCAUGGGGCGGCUGGACCCUAUUUCAAGAACUCCUCCAGAUGCUGAAGGAUAUUGCGGACAAACACAACGUGGCGAUAUCCAAUGUUGCCACACGAUGGGUCUUGGACUUUCCAUACGUGGGUGCAGUCAUUGUCGGAGCCCGAAUGGGUGUGAGUGAGCACCUCGACCAAAACCUCGACAGUUACGGUUGGCACCUGGAUGCAGACGACCAAGCAGCCGUCAAUCGUGUGCUAAGCAAAAGUCGAAGACUCGAAAUGUUCGAAGUCAUGGGCGAUUGCGGAGGCGAAUAUCGAUGAAGUUUCCGAGGCAACAGACAAAUCCUUCAAGGAGGCUCUGCCCGAUAUUCACCGUCCGCUCAAUUACUUCGGCCCGCAUCAUCGCCUUCAGGCGAGAUUCUCCCAUCACGAUAACCCAUACGAGGUAAGUGUCAAAUCAGGGGCACUGCUGUCGUUUCGCCAUGUGCGAAUGACCUU